GUCGAAAAAAAAAAAAAAUCUUACACUCUCUCUUUUAUGUUUUGAUUAUUUUAUAAUUUUUAAUAAUUUUCUCUUUUUAUUAUUUCCUCUCCACGAUCAUGAACCCACGACCCCUCGAUCUCCUCUAUUCCCCGUAGCUCGUCGAUACCCCGUUUAGGGUUCGAAGUUUUGGUCGCGCUUCUUAUAUGCCCGGAUCGAUUCAUUUUUGGGCGUGAACCGUGGAUUUGGGGUCGAUUUUUCCUCUAUUUAAGGGUUAUUGGGCGAAAUAAUUGGUUGCUAUAACCAUGGAUCGGAGUAGGUAGUUUUGUGCGUUUCUUUUUGAGGGUUUUGUAAUAGAUUUUGUUUAAAUGGGGAAAUUAGAUGGAGAAGUCAAUAAACAAAGAGAGGAAGUGGACUGCUCCGAUUGCAGGAUUCAGUCGACAUUAGAUGAUGGAGAUGAUACUAAAUCGCAAAGAGGCGAUUCCUUUAACCUUAAUUCUUUGCCAUGCGUUGCCGCAUCUAGAAAAGAUGAUUCCUUAGAGGAUCCUGUUGUUGGUAGUAAAGAAGAUUCUUUGGAGCUCAUUGGAAAUGAGAAGAGCUCAAAUGGUGAUGCUGCAAAUGUAGUUAGAAGUGAAGAGUACACUGAUGGUUCUGUAUUUGGGAACAAAGAUGGUUCUUUGAAGGUUUUGGGGGAUGAAGAGCGGUCUGAUUGCGCGGCUGUUGUCAAAAAAGAUGAGCCCAUUAAGAUUUCUGAGGAUUGGGAAUGCACUAGUGGUGAUGGUGUUGCGAGGAAAGAUGAUUGCGCGAAGGUAUCUGGGAAUGAAGAGAAAGGUGGGAUUGCCAUUGUGAAGAAAGAUGAUUCUAUGGAGGCCACAAGUUGUUCCGCUGCUGCCACGCCAAACUGCGAGAAUAAUUCUGAGAAGAAGAUCGGCGGUAUUGCAGGUAGAAUAUCUGCAGUAAAGUCACCAAUUCCCCGGUCGUCGAACUAUCAUGGGGUCACUAGGCAUAGAUGGAGUGGAAAAUAUGAAGCUCAUUUGUGGGAUAACACUUGCAGAGUAGAAGGGCGGAGACGCAAGGGAAAGCAAGUUUAUUUAGGAAGUUAUGACACAGAGGAAAAAGCUGCAAGGGCCUAUGAUCUUGCAGCCCUUAAGUAUUGGGGUGCCAGCACCAAGUUGAAUUUUCCAGUUUCAGAAUACGAGAAGGAAUUGGAGGAUGUUAAGGACAUGACUCGCGAAGAAUGUGUUGCAUACCUCAGAAGGAGGAGCAGUUGCUUCUCGAGGGGUGCUUCCAUUUAUAGAGGAGUCACAAGAAGGCAGAAGGAUGGGAGAUGGCAAGCCCGUAUAGGUCUGGUUGCUGAUACGAGAGAUAUUUAUCUAGGAACCUUCAAGUGUUUUGUCUCACACCAGAAACAGAGGAAGAAGCAGCGGAGGCAUAUGAUAUUGCCGCCGUCGAGUUACGCGGGCGAAAUGCUGUAACGAAUUUCGACAUCGGCAACUAUAUAGAUAGAGGUCCCAAACGCGUAGAAGAGGCGGGGGUUCAGCAGCUCUAGUUGCUGCAGCUCUCCUUGCGAGCUGGAACAAAAACAGGUUGUCUUUGCUUAGGCCCAUUAGUGCUUUGUAAGGUUGGUAGAUUAGUUAAGUUUUUCCUCAGCUUAAUAUGGAUGUAAGAAGAGGCGGCCGCAAUCAAAGCUCUGAUUCGCUAUUAUUAGAAAUAUGUGGCUUUAGUGGUCCUCCAUGUUUUUAAAAUUUGGAUCACUGCUGAGAUCCAAUAAGAGGCCUAUGAGACAUGAGGGAGUUUUCUACGUGUAACGUUCCAUUUUGUAAGCAUUUGAAUUGUGUUGUGUAUGUAUCCGAACAGGUUGAGACGAGUCCAAGCUCAGUUCGAGCUUUUCUCGACUCGAAGGCGACUUGGAUACUUUGUUGUCGUCUUAAUAUGACCUGAACAUGCCGCCUUAAAAGAUGGUUGCAUUGCACGACGA